AUGCAAAUCUAUCUAUCUAUCUAUCUAUCUAUCUAUCUAUCUAUCUAUCUAUCAAUUCGUAUACUUCCCCAGUAUGUUUCUAUCUAUCUAUCUAUCUAUCUAUCUAUCUAUCUAUCUAUCUAUCUAUCUAUCUAUCUCAGACUGUUGAUAUCUAUCUAUCUAUCUAUCUAUCUAUCUAUCUAUCUAUCUAUCUCAGACUGCUCAUAUCUAUCUAUCUAUCUAUCUAUCUAUCUAUCUAUCUAUCUAUCUAUCUCAGUCUAUUCAUUAUCUAUCUAUCUAUCUAUCUAUCUAUCUAUCUAUCUAUCUAUCUAUAUAUCCUAUUUUACUACUAUCCAUUCAUUUCUUCCUUCUUUCCUUUCCCUCCCUUUACACACUCUCUCUUCUCUUCCUCUCUUUCUUUUUCUUUAUCUCUUUCUUACCUUACAAUGCCCUUUUCCGCACCAUAGCGGCCUUUUUGUCUCUCCUUUUUCCUUUUUUAUCUCUUGCCCUCUAUUUUUAAUUCCCACCAAUCGCCUUUCUUCCUUCCAUUCUCCUUUUACUCUCUUUUUCCUCUCUCAUUCUUUAUCACACUCUUUACUCUCGCCUAAAUAUCCCUCAUCUUUAUUCUCUUUCCUUUACUCUCACCUUUCUCAUUCGCAAAAGAGUUCUUUUUUUUCUUUCCAUUUUUAUAAACCAACAUUUUUUUGUUAUCUCUCUCUCUCUUGCUCACCUAGAGUCUCCUCUCACUCUAACUCACCUUAUAAACAACAACUCUUUCGUUCUCUCCCUGACAACCACCCCCUCUAUUCUAACUUCGUCUUAACUUCUCUGCCUUUCUAUAAUAACGGAAACGAUAUCUGGCGAUACCGUCUGCAUUAUGGUCAAUACGAACUAUAUCUAACACCGAAACCUCUUUACUUUAAUCUAUCUAUCUAUCUAUCUAUCUAUCUAUCUAUCUAUCUAUCUAUAUAUCUAUCUAUCUAUCUAUCUCAUUCCUAUCUAUCUAUCUAUCUAUCUAUCUAUCUAUCUAUCUAUCUAUCUAUCUAUCUAUCUAUCUAUCUCAGUGUGUUGGUCUCCAUCAUUACACUUAGUUCCUAUCUAUCUAUCUAUCUAUCUAUCUAUCUAUCUAUCUAUCUAUCUAUCUAUCUAUCUCAUUCCUAUCUAUCUAUCUAUCUAUCUAUCUAUCUAUCUAUCUAUGAUAUAUUAUUUGGGUCAGAUAAUUUUCAAUAUAUCACUUCCUCCCACUCACUCACUCCCUCACUCACUCACUAUCUAUCUAUCUAUCUAUCUAUCUAUCUAUCUAUCUAUCUAUCUAUCUAUCUAUCUAUCACUACUUUUCCAUGUUUCCUGUCAUGUUGGAAAUAUAGAUUUAUUAGACGUGUCAUGCUAGCGAUAAGUAUUAUUGAUAAGGGAUCGACUUUCCACACCCACUCGAAAUUCUUUGUUUCUUUCUUUCUCGCAGACAUAGGAAAACACUCCACCAACACGAGAGUGUAA